GGGCCUGGCCCUCUGCCCACUGAGCCAGCUCUUUCCCCAGUCAAAUUAGAGCAAGGGAUUAAGUAUUCCCUUUUAGCCUGGCUAAACAGACAAUAUUGACUAGAGAAAGGGCAGAGAGUGAAGGGUUCAGGAGGGCUUCCUGGAGGAGGGAGCCUGGAGUGCCAGGGAUGGCCUUGGAGAGGGACAGACUGCCAGGCCAGGAGGAGGUGACAUUCAAGGAUGUGGCUGUGGAGUUCACCUGGGAGGAGUGGCGCCUCUUGUCCCCUCCCCAGAAAGAGCUGUACAAGGAGGUGAUGCUGGAGAAUACCAGGAACCUCCUCUCUGUGGGGCUUCCUGUUCCCCCAGAAGAUGUGAUUUCUUAUUUGGAACAGAGGGAAGCCUCGUGGAUACUGGAGCAAGAAGGUCUGAGUAGGUGUUGCCCAGAAAGAGAGAACAGACCUGAAAUCAAGGUGAAUCCAAUAGAGGUGAGUCUUCCUGUGGAAGAAAUGGACCUACAAACAUUCAUGAGUAAUGGUCCUGAUAAUGUCACUUUCAGAGAAUUCUGUGUUGCACCUCAAAAUUCAUCUCAUGAACAUAAAAGAAUUCACACUGAAGAAAAAUCUAGUGAAAGUAAUCAGUGGAGAAGGACUUUUAUGCACAGGGCUAGUCUUGCUGGACAUCAGAGAAUCCACACUAGGGAGAAACCUUAUGAAUGCAAGCAAUGUGGAAAGACAUUCAGUUACAGCUCCUCUCUUGCAACACAUCAUAGAAUCCAUACUGGGGAUAAACCUUAUGAAUGCAAUCAAUGUGGAAAGACUUUCAUUCAGAGAUCUCAUCUUGCUGUACAUCAGAGAAUCCACACUGGGGAGAAACCAUAUGAAUGCAAGCAAUGUGAAAAGGCAUUCAGUCAAAGAUCCCUUCUUGCUGUACAUCAGAGAGUCCAUACUGGGGAGAAACCUUAUGAAUGCAAGCAAUGUGAAAAGACAUUCACAUGUAAUUCCAAACUUGCUGUACAUCAGAGAGUCCACACUGGGGAGAAACCUUAUAAAUGCAAGCAAUGUGGAAAGACAUUCACAUAUGAUUCCUCUCUUGUUGUACAUCAGAGAAUCCACACUGGGGCAAAACCUUAUGAAUGCAAGCAAUGUGGAAAGACUUUCAGACAGAGCUUUGAACUUUCUGUACAUCAGAGAGUCCAUACUGGGGAGAAACCUUAUGAAUGCAAAAAAUGUGGAAAGACAUUUAUAUGUAACUCCAAACUUGCCAUACAUCAGAGAGUCCAUACUGGGGAGAAACCUUAUGAAUGCAAGCAAUGUGGGAAGACUUUCAGACUGAGCUCUGAACUUGCUAUACAUUGGAGGGUCCACACUGGGGAGAAACCUUAUGAAUGCAAGCAAUGUGGAAAGAAUUUUAGUCAGAGCUCCUCUCUUGCUGUACAUCAGAGAAUCCACACUAGGGAGAAACCUUAUGAAUGCAAGCAAUGUGGGAAGACAUUCAGUCAUAGUUCCUCACUAGUUGUACAUCAGAGAGUCCACACUGGAGAGAAACCUUAUGAAUGCAAUCAAUGUGGAAAGACAUUCAGUCAAAGAUCCCAUCUUGGUAUACAUCAAAGAGUCCACACUGGAGAGAAACCUUAUGAAUGCAAGCAGUGUGGGAAGACAUUCAGUCAGAGUUUUCAUCUUGCUUGUCACCAGAGAAUUCACACUGGGGAGAAACCUUAAGAAUACAAGUGUUAUGUAGAAAUGAGCAUGAGUGGAUCCUGCAAAGGAAGAAAUUAAGCAGGAGUUUGAGUUUGUCUAACCUCAUAGGGUAGACCUGGUGAAUUAGCUGUUCUCUCCUGUUACUUUCCUUGUGAUCCAUCUUGCCAACUAUUUGUUCCUGUGUAUCUUGUUGAUGUUGACUGAGUGAUAUUACUACAGAGGUUCUUGAGACACCUAAAGCCAUCUGUCAGUGAGACCUUUCCUUUGAGCCAUGUUCCUUCUUAACUUCCAACCUUAAUGUCUCUGUCACCAUUUAAGGGGAAAUUUGGGUCAGUGAAGUGUAUUUUAUCAUAGGAAUUGGGACUCUCAGUUAGAGAGGUAACUGAAUGUAGAUGCCAGCUCUCUGAAGCUACCAACUAGAUUUGGUGUGAGAUUUACCUAUAUUCUUUAGUUAGAUCAUCCAAAUUAAUUUCCUUCCCUUAUUUUAAACUCUUUUUAAUAGCAUUUGGUAUCCUGUAAGCUUUAUCCUGUUUUCCUUCCCAAACCCUAUGUCCUUCUGAUACUGGUCCUAAACAAUCAUUCCUUGACCUCCUAAAAUUCCAUUACCAUCAAGUAUAUUUCUAGAAAUAACUAUUUUUCUCAUAUGCAGUUAUUUCACAAGCUACGUGAAAAGAUGUUCACAUGCAGCUCCAGUCUUGCUAUUAUGUGAAGGGAACUUAACCUACCCCUUUUCUGUGACAGCAUACCAGGCAUAAGACUGAACUUGACUCAGAGGUGAGGAUUGCAUAAUUGAAUUCAUCAAGUGAGGACAGAAUGGCAGGCAGAAAAAGGCAUCAAUAGAGAUGAAAUCAUGAGACAAGGGUAGGGUUAUUUCCUCUGCUCUGGUCUCCUUGACUUCCCCCCUGUGCAGCCCAGGCAAAAUUGAAAUCACGGUUGGUUUCUGAGAUGAGAUUUGUGAGUUAGUGGGUAGAGAAAAGUUUUGAUAAACUGAGGCAAGAGGAGAUAUUCAAGCUCAUCUCUUUCAGUUUUGUUGCUGACUGGACUUCCAUUUGAGCAUGGUUAGAGCACCCUAAUGGUAGCCACAGAAUAUCAAGCUAAUUGGGUCAAUGAGGAAAGUAUAUCUCUCCUAUUUUUUUUUCAUCUUUUCCCCCUACUUGCUUAGAAUAAAUAAAAUUAAUUUAGGGCCAGUAUCAUAAUUUUUUCUCUUAUAUUAUUCAUCACAGAAAUCACAGACAUUCACACUGACCUCUCAGCUAGUUCAAAAUCUAUUUACUCUAUUUCAUAAGCUCUCCUAAUGUUAGGUCCAAAGGGGUAUAUGAUUUAGACCAAAAUUGUGAUCCCCAAAACAAACUAAGGGAAUAUAGAAUAGUUUACCUUUCAGAUCAAUUUAUUGAUAAGAUUAAAUAAGAAAUAGAUGACAUUUUUAGGUGUAAAAUAGGUAAUUUGUAUUAUAUUAAAUUCAAAAUGGUGUGUACAAACAAAACUAAUACAACCAAAAUUAAAAGUGGAAACAAGAAGUUAUGAUUUUCUUUACAACAAUGUCCUAUGAAAUACUUUAGUUUUUAAAAAUUCUAACCCUGUUCUCAAAUGCCUUAAUUCAUCAAUUAAUAGCAUCUAGAUCUAAAGAAGAGUUAAUUUUGUAAGGAUAUCAUAUCUUUGCUCAAUAGAAAUAAUUUUAAUAUCAUUUCCUAUAUAAGGUUUUCCCAAAAAUUCCUAUAAAGCAAAAAUUAAAAGAUAAAAAGUUAUAUUGUAGAUUUCAAAUGUGAAACAAAAUAAUUGAUAUCCCAAUGAUUUUUAUUCAUUUGAAUGCAUUAUCAAGAUAAUUGUUUUACAAAAAAAAUCACCAUGCAUCUAUCAUCUUGACACUGGACUGAUUGCAUUCAGAGGCCAGUGUAACAUAACUGAUAUAAUUGUACUUCUAAAAUUUCUAAACCUAUUAUUUGCAUAACAAAUCUUAAGCCUAUUUUGCAUUAAGGUCUGUGCUACAUAUGUGGCAAAAUUUUGUCACAGCAAUACAGAACUCCAAGCUAAAUAGUUUUGUUGGGAGGCAAGACUCCCAAUAAAGCUGGACCCUGGUCAAAUCAAGAGUAGAGACGCUGAGCCUUAGGAGAUAGACUUUUUUUAUGACAAGAAAUCUGAUGGACAGAAAAUACAGUCACAAUGAAAAUAGAAUGGAUGCAAAAUCAUUCAUAUGGGCAUCUUGAUGACACAAAUGAGAUUAAUCUGGUAAGUGUAAAAAAAUGUCACUGUGGGUGGUAACUGCAGUACUCAGGGUUUUGGUGUUUUCACUGCUGAUUAUGGCAGAAUAGUAGAAGUCAGCAGUUUUGCUUAAAUAAUAUGUGAAAACAAGAUUAGCCCUCCACCUCCUGCAUGACUUGUCUUUUUCUAUAAACAAGACCAUCCUCCCUCUUUUUGUUUGACCAUCUUGUUAUACUCCCAAGAGACACGUGGUAGGAUAUAUGGAAUCUCCUGGGUUACAUGCUUAAGGUCAGGAUGUAAGCAAGAUUUGAUAGUACUCCAAACUAAUUAUCUUAGCUAAUGUUUAUAAAUUUUAUAAAGCAAACUAUAUUAUUUGACUCUCAAUUCAAAACUAAUGAUUGUGUUAUAAAAAAUCAUAAAGGUAAUGCUAUUGUAAUAAUAAAUGAGGGGAAAUGAGUUUCACACUCACACAUAUAAGGUCAAAUAUAUUUAUCCAUAUAGGAAAACAGGUGAAGUGAAGUGCUACUACAUUUUAAUUUAUUUUAAGGCAGUUCUAUCAAAUCUAGAUUUAUCCUUAUAAAUGGUACCCUACAGAAUCUUUUCUCAAGAGACAUUUGCUGUCAGCACUUCAAAUGAUAGGGACCUCUACUUUCAGAUUAGUCUAUUGCCCAAGGUUUAUAGAUAUCUACUGUUCAGUAGGAGGGUCUGAGUCCUAGACAUGAAGGAGGGAAAGAGGCAGGUGUUAAAGAGAUGAGAAAAGUGGAGGCACAGAGAUGAGCAUGCAGAGUGACCCAGGUAUAAUUCAAGCUAUGGGGAAGAAUUGAAGGCUUCAGGAAGAACUGGAUCUAGGACUUUCAGAAGGAAAGCUCUAAUAUCCAUAAACUUGAAGUAUCAUAUUUUCCAAAAUGUAUUAAUAAUAACUUGAAACAAAAGGAAAGUAAAAAACUAGAGCAAAGAGGAUGCCAACCCAGCCUCAGUCCCAAGGGAAGAGAAUGAGAGAGUUACACACAACUAUAUACAAAUGCAAGCACACAACUUGGUGGAGAGGGGAAAGGAAUUUUGGGAAAUACUAAAGGAAUUCUGGGGAAUGUAGUCCUUUGGCACAUUUUCUAAUUACACAAUCUUUUGUGAGAACAAAAAAUUCUUAUAUUUGGGUCCUCCAUUGCCUAGAGAUUCCAGAUUUCAGUGCAUUUCAGGACAUAUAUUUAUAAUAUUUCAGCUAGUUUAUCUGGUCAAUCUACUUGCAACAAAGAUUCUUUGUCUUUUGCUUGGAACUGUGCAGAUGGAAAAUUUGCAACACCCGAGCUACAUUCCCAGCAUCCUUUUAAUUUACAUCCUCAUUUUACAUAAGGAUGCUUAGGACAUAAAUUUGGCUGAGACCCAUGCUGCAGGGCUCUCUUCAGAGCUUGUGCUUUUGGUAAAAUGCUGCAGGUGUGAGUCUCUGUCUCUUUGCUCUGCUUACUUGUCUAAAAGAACUUUUUUCCUUUCCCUCUCUUCUUAUUAUUAAAAUCCUACAAAUUUUUGGCAACCACAAAGGGAUUUAAGAACUAAAGGAACCAGAUUUCUUCUUCUGCCAUGGUUUUUCUUCUCCCCUCUCCCCUUUUUUUUUCUCCAUUAUCCCUCUGGGGGGAGAAUGGAUUUUUUUCAUCCUUCUAUAGUAUUUAUUUCAUUGAUCCAUUAGAAUUCCUUAGAAUCAACUUUUCUAGUUCUAGAAUUACUGCUAUCCACUAUUUGGGCACCUUUCCCCAGAGCCAAGGCUCUGGCAUGCCUAGGAGCAGGAAUAGCACCCAGGCCCUUUAAAAUAUGAAGAAAUAAAUAUCCAGGCAGCCCAGAUGAGGUAAGAUUAUAAGAUGGUCUCCACAGGUACUUGGCUGGCCUGACUCAAAAUGAGAGAAAUUAUUUGGGGUGGGGGUGCAAAAGGGAAGAGUAGAGUUGGAGAAAUGCACAGGUAUCCAGAACUGUCUUCUAGAUGACUAUCACUGAAAUUCCUCCCCUGUGUUAUUCAAACCUUUCUUAGCCUCAUUGCCUACACCUGCCCACUGUAAUAGUUAAAGGAAUUCUAGAGGAUGAAAGAGGUAUAGGGGAUAAGGAAGGGUUUAUAACAGGGAAAGAGGGAGUUGCAGGGAUAGAGGGAAUAUAGCUGCUGGUGUGGUAAAAGGAGAGAGAUACCUCCAGCGGAUUGGCUGUCUUUGAAAAAUGGGGUUCCAGAGAAAUGGACCAACUAUGAUUAUUAUUUAUUUGACUUUACAUCCAUUCUGGUUUUUUUAGAAAAACUGGGAAGCAGCUUCAAGAAUGAGGGAUUUAAUAAAAAUGAAAUUUCAUGUU